GCCAACUCAGAUACUCUGCAGUGUUGCAGCAGUGGUUUUUUGUUUAUUCAACCGAUUCUGCAGGACAUAUACGUAAAUGCAGACUGAUCAUGAUAUGGAACACAUGGCAUUCUGUGCUGUGUCGGCUGUAGAGCAUAUUACACUUUGCUUUUAAUCUGAUCGCACACUGUUUUUGAAAAUGGUGUUUAACUGUUACAUUUUUGUCAUGCACAGACUGAAGAAGUUAUCAGUCUGUGAACAUGGGGGUUGACUGCUGAUAUUCUCUUGGUCAAAUAGGAAGAAAAAUAGGCUGCAUGACACAGAAGAACUAUUUGUAUAGCCUUCUCCCUGAUAUGGAUGAAAAAAGAACACAACCUUAAUAUAUCUACAGACAGGAAAAUCUGUGCUAAUCCCAGUCAUGAGGACGUGACCACUCAGGCUGUCCUUAAAACAAUGUGAGGGAAGAGAAGGGAAAAUAUAAACUUCUUUUAAUAUUCUUGAAGCUAAUCUCACUAUUCUUCUCUUGUAAAAAUACUGAAUACUUCCAAUUUCAAGCUAAGAUAAAAAAAAAUGCCUCACUUUGUGACAGUUUUAUACUUUAAUUUACUUCAACUUUGAAAACUGACUAGAGAUUUCAAUUGAACAUAAGUUUUACAAGCUUUCUUGGAACUUUUGUGAAAUGCUGGUAAACACACAUACACACACACACACACACAUGGACAUGCACGUUCAGACACACACACACGUAGAGGUACAGCAUGUGUGAGUUUGACACUUGUCAUCGAGCUUCCAUUUGCACUUUGAGCAUCUAUAUUUUUCCGCUUCAGCUAUUUCCGUUCUCGGCAGUAAAGUUGUGGCCAGAGACUCUGCUGUCUGACCUCAGAUACAGCACAAUCACUGAGAAAACAAAUGUUUGUCUUGUCAAUUUGUUAAUUUAGUUUCUCUGAUUGUAUUUGUUUCGCAGACUUUAAAAUAGCACAUUAAAACAGUGCCAGCUUCAUGCCGCUGCAAAGAGGCUUCUGCAGCUGCUGCCUGUUGCGAGGCGUUGUCAAAACAAACCACAUAAUAGGCAUCAGUAAUCGUACAUUUCUACUACCCUGAUUUUGACAUUAUGUCACUGGUGAUUGUGGCUUCAGAAUGAAACUGCUUGAGGUUCGGGGAAAAAAACAACAACAUCUGUCUAAAAAUACGCGGUAUAAAAGCAUAAGACAGAGGGAGACGUGCAGACUGAUCGAAAGCCAAAGACGCAGCUGAUCUGGUACAGCAUGUACAGUACAUCACUUUAUCUCCUCUUUUUGUUCAACCAAACGUUAUACAAUAUAAGUUUUAACUAAUAAAAAGUAUAUUGGAAAGAAUUCUAAUCACAGAACAACAUUUUCCCCCAAAAAACACGAAAAUGUGAUCAAAUGAAAUAAGCUGUUUCCUUUGCAAUUAUCUUCUCUGUGACUAUUAGCGUGCCACCAUCAAUAAUCAUGAAAUAUGAGAACAUGCUUUAUAUGCCCAUAAUAGGCAAUGAAACAAGAAAAAGCAAGAAUUAAUUAAUGGAGCAAUGGACACAGAUGGUAAUCGAAUAGGUGGGUGAAAAGUGUCGAAAGGAGAUUUACUAAAAUGAACAAGGCAAAUGAGAGAGAGAGAGAGAGAGAGAGAGAGAGAGAGAGAGAGAGAGAGAGAGAGAGAUGAAAUAAAGGGUGUGAGGGGUGGGGAAGAGGAAGUGGCAUCAGAGCACAGCUUGAGAGAAAGGUUUGAAAGCCUUUCACUUUUCAAACUAAACAACAGUCAACCCUCGUCCAGGAACACAGUGGAAAAUACUAGUUGACCAGAGCUUGUCUGUCCCUGAGCCUGUUUCCUUAUGGAAAGAUCCUGUUUGUGUGAGUGUGUGUGCCUGCGACUCUGGGCACUAACAUCUGUAACAUCUGUCAGUAUUAUAAAGCUUUAUUCCACAGCAUUAUAUCAAAGGACUGAAACUUUCCACCGUAUAGUCAUGUGAUGUAACAGCGGAGCAACGGUGACGCACAGCGUGCCAUGACGAUGAAUUACUUUAUCCUACACUGUCACUGACAGUUGGUCUGUAGUUGACAACAGCUGAUUAAUAUUUCCUUUCCCAGUUACCCCUCACUUACCGAUCAGGGGAGAGUUUCAGUUUGCUUCAGUUUUAUUUGGCAAAAUCUUUUGUAUUGUUCUGUUUUUACAAGAUCUCUCUUGUAUUAAUGUCUCAUGAUAUAAUGUUUGAAAAGUCGACAAACAUUAAAAAAAUAUUUGAUUCUGCAGAAACAUUCAGUACAAUAUAAAUAUGUGUUGAUCAUGAUGUAAAUGUGUCUUUACUUUACAGGUUAAAAAUCUAUUUUAACUUGACUAAAUAAUCAUAAUUUCAUCCAGAAUGUCCUCAUCAUUCCCAUCUGUAGUUUCCAUCCACCAGUGGUGGGACGUCACAAGGUACAAUUACUUCAUUACUGUACGUAAGUACAGUUUUCAACUAUCUGCAAUUCUGGGUAACUUUUAAUUUUACUCUGUUGCAUUAAUCAGCAAAUAUCUGAACUUCUUACUCCACUACAUUUCUAGAUCUCACUGAUCCAAUGAAAGCAAAGUGUGCCUGCAUCAUCACUGGUGAAGAAACACCUGAAAUGUACUCAGAAGAGGCUGAGACUGAGUAGACCGUUUUAUAAAGGGAUAGGAUAGACUCAGCAAGUACCCAUUAAAUUUAAAUUGAAAGUAAAUUUAAAAGAAAUUACUUGCUUACAUUUAUUCAGGUAGAAAAGUUGAUGUGGUACUUUCAUUUUAACUUUGAUACAUUUGAUAUAUAUAUAUAUAUAUAAUGACCUAUUCUGAAGUCCCACGAGGUUGUCCUGUCCUUUACCUGGCAUGUUAGUACCAAAACCGGUUGAUCAAGACCCCCCCCCCCCCUUUCAAAAUGUUCUUGUGGACGUUUCAGGUGUAUUUCGAGGACAAAGCACGAGCGUGGGAGACAGAGUCGGGAAGACAUGCAGCAAAGACACGUCCCAGGCAGAAGGUCAAGUGGUGCUUUGCAGCUUCCUCAUAACUUGUAAGUCUUGUAUAAAUUAACAUUCCUACUACAUCCUCUACUGAAGGAUCACAUUUUUUCCCACGUCAUUCCCCUUUUUGGGUCAUGUCUGCCGGUCACAGUGGACAGACGUUCAUUAAAUGUGUGUGGGGAUAAAUGUUCAGUGGCUGUCAGCAUCAGAGAAUAAACACACACACACACACACGCACACGCACACGCACACGCACACGCACACGCACACACACACACACAUACACACACACAUCAAGUGGUUCAGUAAAGUUACAGAUGGUUCUAGCAACCUGACACUCAAUGAGAGGCAGACAUUAACAAACAAAAAGAGCUCGAUGGAUAACAAGGCUGUCCUUGUUAUAGAGUAUAUUGGUUUUGAUUCAUUGUGGACAGCCUAACCAAAACCUUUUCCCCUACCUUAACCAAGACCAAUUCAUGCUAACCCAUAUGUUGGUCCCCAUGAAGUCAACUGGUCCUGACAAGGUCACUGUCACACACACACACACACACACACACACACGCACGCACACACACACACUCACACCAGCGUCUUGUUAACAAGCCGGGUCUGCUUUCAUUUAGCUUUUUGUUUAUUGCAGACGAUGAAGGGACGUGAACUUUAAUUCUCUCAUCCUCUUCCUGCCUCCGAGCGAUUUGUGAUUGCUCUGUCUCCAUGCGUCUGCCCAUUCGUCUCAGUGUGUCUGGCCCUCUGCUCUGUCUGCAAGAAGAUGAUGAAAAACUGCAACAGAGUCAAGUCGGUGCUUAGGAAAACCCCAACAGAGAGACAACGAGAGACUGAGGGGAGGAGAAGAGGUCGUAUCAGCUUGAGUUUCUCUCACCGCGCAUGAGAUGACAUCGGCCUGUGGUGGAAAGUGCUGAUGCUGUGUGCAGCGGAUACAGCAGGGCUUGAUGUGUAUGCUGGGGAACUGUUUCUCUAAAUGUCCGAAGGGUCUCAUCAGCACCGAAGGGCGUGAAUGUGUUGAUUUUGACGAGUGUAACGAUGACCCAGAACAAUGUGGAAAAGGUGCAAUGUGCUACAACACCAUUGGCAGUUACUACUGUGUGUGCUUAUCUGGCUUCAAGAACUUAGCUGGGACCGUCAACUUCACAGCGACGACUGGACAGUGCCGAGAUAUCAACGAGUGUACCGAUCAAGUGGGAAUCUGCGGCCAUGCAGGUAACUGUUCUAACCGGAUAGGGUCCUACAUCUGCACCUGCCAAUCUGGUUACGUCAGCCCCAACGGCACGGAAAAGUGCAGAGACAUAAAUACAUGUGAGGAAGCUGAAAUUAAAGGAGACAACAUCUGCGGAGAGAAAGGCACGUGCAAGAAAGAUGAAUGGAGUUACUGGUGCAGGUGUGAGAUGGGAUACACCAACUACGGCAACAAAAGGACGCCGUGUUCAGAGCUUAAAUGUGAUGGCUUCAGUGCUGAGAAUGGACCUACACAGUCGCCCCGAGGCUUGGCAAAUAUUUUGUCCAUGAUGAGAAACAGCUGUUUGGCUCUGUCCAAUCCAAGUGCUGCCGGGGAAGAGAAGGUUGACGGAGAGGCGCUACUGGAGAAACUUUUCACAGCCACCGAGGCCAUCCUGUCGCCCGGUCGUCCAGACAGCGCUGAGGAUGUGAGUUUGUUGCUGGGCACAGUGGAGAACUCCAUCAUGUUCAUCGGUCCUCAGCUAAAAAAAAACUACACCAAGAUAGAAACCACAGAGACAGACGCAGAGAUUGCUGUUCAAAGGGGAAGCACACGACCCACUGGAGCGAUCCAUUUGACCAAUGAGAACGCAACACUCGACACCGACUGGGAAACAGCAUCUGGGACGGGAACAUACCCUGGCUUUGCUAUGGCUGCACUGCUGACCUAUAAGAACCUGAAGAUCUCAGGGAACCGUUCUUUUGAGGAGCUCAAAGGACCUAAAAAGGAUGGCGUGGAUCCGUCCUUCCAGAUCUCCUCAAGAGUCGUGUCUGUCGUGGUCUCUAAUCCAUCCACUCAGAAUCUGAGCCGCUCUGUCCACAUCACACUCAGACAUUUAAAGGACAAAGAGGAGUCCCCUGCGAUGAGGUACAUCUGUGCUUACUGGACUGAGAGACAGGCCUGGUCCACAGAUGGCUGCUAUCAACAUCACUCCAACGCCACACACACUGUGUGUAAAUGUGAACAUCUGAGUAGCUUUGCUGUGCUCAUGGCCCUGUACCCCAUUGAGGAACCGUUUGGGCUCCUGUUGGUGAACAACAUGGCGCUGAUCAUCUCCAUCGUGUGUCUGUUGCUGAGCAUCGUGACGUUCAUGUUCUGCCGCUCCAUCCAAGGGACCCGCACCACCAUCCACCUGCACCUCUGCAUCUGCCUCUUCCUGGCCGACCUCAUCUUCCUGGCUGGCAUUUCACAAACUGAGCCUGUGGACGGCUGCAGGUUUGUUGCAGCGAUGCUCCAUUACCUCUUCUUGGGAGUCUUCACCUGGAUGCUGCUGGAAGGCGUGCAGCUCUACCGAAUGGUGGUCCUGGUGUUCAAUGCCACCAUCCGACCCCUGUACCUAUUCCUCGCCGGUUACGGGAUACCCCUGGUUAUCGUCAUCAUAUCUGCCAUCAUCAGACCAAAAGGAUACGGCACUGACAAAUUCUGCUGGCUGUCUCUAGAGCACGGCCUCAUAUGGAGUUUCCUCGGCCCUGUGUGCUUCAUCAUCGUCAUCAAUGUCUUCUUCUUCAUCAUCACUGUUUGGAAGCUCGCUCAUAAGUUCACCAGCCUCAACCCAGAGCUCUCCCAACUAAACAAAAUCAAAGCAUUCACAGUGACAGCUAUAGCCCAGAUUUGUAUACUGGGUCUCAUGUGGGUGUUUGGGACCUUACUGUUCCAAGAAGGCACCGUACAUACCAGGACGGUGUACGCAUAUAUCUUCACUAUUCUGAACAGCCUGCAGGGGGCGCUGAUCUUCAUCUUGCAUUGCCUGCUGUCUAAGCAGGUGAGAGAGGAGUAUGCACAUUUCCUCUCCUGCAUCUGCACACCACAGAAGAAGAGAUACUCGGACCUCACGAGUACCAAUCCCUCCAGUUCUCAGUCACAAGGCUCUAGAAGUGGGCAGCAGACCAGUGAAUCCCAAAUAUGAAGAGCUCCAUCUUUUAUUCCUCCCCAAAAUACUUUGAAUGAUUUGGAUCCCUUCAUAUAAAAAUUCAGUCGGGACUCAUUCACCCGAAUGUAAGUUUAAAGUCUGGCUUGCUGUUGUGUGAUCUCAUGGUACAUGGUUAGAGUCAUCGUCAAUCUUGUAUUUUUGAUAAACCAAAUCACCUUUUUUUUUUGUUUGUUUUUUACAUAUUCUUUUUGUUUUUUUGUGGGAAUCGAAUUACCAAUGACCCUGUUCAAAGGUCACAAAACAAAAAUGACGGGAACCAUUGCUCUAAACCAGAGAUUGUAUUUAAAGAUUGAUGAAGCACCCCCCAACUCCUCCCACUGUCCAUUAAGCCAAAAUAACUUGCUGCCAUCUUGAGCAUUGUGAGCUACAGAUAUAUAUUUAGAAUUAGGAUCAGGAGAAAGCGAGGUCCUAGGUUUGACCAAUCAUGAGUCUGUCUCAGCUGUCAAUCAUGAUUGUUCCAUCCCAUUUUUAUAGCAUCAAAUUACUAACUAAGAAAACUUACCUCAAAAAUUAACAAACGAAUAAACAACAGUGUGAUAAGAACUACCUAAAUUACCUAAACCAUUUUUGAGAAGAGAUGUAUGUGACUAGUGCUUAUUUGGUCCAUGUACCAUUCACUAACGUGGAAGAGGCAUGAUUUUUUUUUUGCCUUUAUUGCAGCCGUCCACCAGGGGGCGAUUAAGACACUUUGGUUUCACUUUUAGGGGAGCAGUCAUCCUGUCCAUCUUUACAUGAGGUUUAUCGUUAAACACACAUCUGUCCAAGGCGGGUCAGAGCCUACUGAAGCCAGUUCUUAUCGCUCAAAACCCAUUAAUCUGAAUGAAUCCUACAGUAAGUCACUUGCAAAGUGUGCCAUUUAUUCCUCAUUAAUAUUCUUAUUUCCCCCCACUGACAAUGAUGUACAUACACCAAUGGCAGAUAAAAGUGUAUUGAUAAUGACUAAAUUUCUCUUUUGGUGUGAGGUUACACUUAAAAUGUUCUCAUUGUUGCAGCAGGCAAAGAGAAGCUAAACCUCUAAAAGUGUUUAUUCAGGAACUCUGUAAGUGACAGUGAAGAUAUUUUAGUAGCUUAUCGGUUCAGCCAGAACAAAUCACUGUUAAGUGUAUUACCCAUGGGAGUGGUUAAGUGAAAGUGAUGCAGACUAUUUAUUUUUCCAAGAGCAGACUAUGAAGUCUAUGUUAUGUAGGCUGCAAGGAAAUAUGUUUAAAGCACGAGCAUACACUUUGCACUGUAUUUUAUAUAAAUGUAUGAUAUAGAUAUAUGCGCGGGGUGGGCUUUUUUGUUCAGGGGAGCUUCACAGAAUGUCUUUGUCUCCAUGUACUGUAUUGAAUAGUGUGCUGUUACAGUAAGAAACAACUGACCGAUGAUGCAAAUUACCCAUGAAGUGCCUCUGAUGGCUCCUCCUGUAAGUCCCAUGUGGGCGUCUGCAAGGUUUUAACGUCUGUUGUUACUUGCUUUGAAACAAAAUAAGUGAUUUAAAAAAAACAAACACUUAUGGCUGUUUUUGAAUAAUCUAUCUUGGCUUGCAAAUGAGCUGUGCCACUUUAUGAAGCUUCUUUUAUUCUUGAAUGUGUGACAAAGAAAUCUCGUCCAAAGUGACUGCUUUGACCAAUCACAAAAACAGACCCACCCCUGUGAUAAGCCUGCAGCUUCCUGCAAUCAUGGUGUGUUUAUGAAAGAAAAUGUUCUUAUUAUAACUAUAAGUCUGUACCUCGACACACAGUCAGAGAGUGUAAGGUCUCACAUUCCUGAAAUGAAGGGUGUGUGAAAUGGGAGUUGGACAAAUUGGAUUUAAUUGCACUUUGUCUUUGUCAAAAUAAACGUCCAGCAAAUCCUGGAGUCAUCCAGUCCCACUUAGAGAACCAGAACAGUUUACAUGUAGAAAUAAAGCUCUCAGUUUUACUAUUACUAUUUGAUAUAAAUUGAUUGGACAAUCUGAAAGACAUUGAUCGUUUUGAUAUUUUGGAUUUCAAAUCUGUCUUUUCAUGUGAUUUGUUUGUAUUGAAAUGUUUCUCCCUUUGGUUUGGAGACCCUGAUGAACGCCACGUCUGUGUAGAUUGGAUCUAAACUGUUCUUCGGUUCUAAACUGUGACUGCAAACACAGCAUCUUGGCCAAUGAAGCCGAUUAUUCAAGCAUUGCAGAAAGUAUUUCUAUGUGAAAAAGCUACUCUGCAGUCUGCAGAAUUUUUUGAAUGUAAGAUUCUUAUUGUUACAAUGUACUAUAUAUGUUGUAGUUUGGAGCUAUAUGAACCUAUUUUUCUACUUGUUUUGUUGUUCGAUGUUUGGUACUUUUUUUCUUCAAAGAAUAUGUAGCAAGAAAAUGUUAAUAAAAACCUUCCCUUCUA